UAUUUUAUUAUUAUGGACGGAAAGAAGGUUUUGGUAGCAGAUGAUGAGCCCUUUGCUCAAAAUCUAUUAAAAAUGCUUUAUGGAGCUCUAAAAGUGGAAUGUGUAGUAGUAUCUAAUGGAAAAGAAGCACUAGAAGCCUAUUAAAAGACACCAAAUUUUGCUCAUGUUUUAAUGGAUAUUCAUAUGCCGGUUAUGGAUGGAUAUGAUGUAAAAGAUUAAUAUAUAUAUAAUUAGUCUACUAAACAAAUUAGAGCUCAUGAGAAGGCUAAAGGGUUACCUAAAUGCAAGAUAUUAGGAUUAAGUGGGGGUAAGAAUAGAUCAUGAUUAAUUAAAUUUCAGAUGGUGAUCCUAAGACUAAGACAGCUUGUUUAACUGCAGGAAUGGAUGAUCUUUUAGUAAAACCAAUCAAGAAAGAAUAAUUAUCAUAGUAUUUGUGAUUUACACAACUUAUUAUUUAUUGAUUUCUGCAGCA